CGGAUUCCGAAGCCGAGGGAGGGGGAAAUAAAAAAAAAAAAAAAAAAAAACAGAAAAGAUAAAGGAGUGACGGGCGUACCAAUGUUCUCGUUACACGAGGGUAGCGGGCAGCUUGUGCUCUGCCUCCUAGCAGGACUGCAGAUUGCAGCGGAGGCCAGGGGUGCCCCACCGCCAUGCAGGCCGGGCUUCUCUGAAGAUCUCUACACGGUCGUGGUUCCAGAUAUCACAGAGAAAGGAUGGCCUCUUUUCAACGUGAAGUUUGUCAGCUGUGGCCGAGGAGGUCUGGUGCGGUUCGAAUGCAGCAAUCCAUCCGACUUCCGGAUAGAGGACGACGGAGUAGUUUACGCGGCGAGGACUCUUCAGCGCACCGCGGCCCCUGCUUCGUCCUUGCUGAUCAAGGCUGUAGACGCCGCCACUCAGCAGCAAUGGGUGACACAAGUCAAGAUGAUGCCUCCCACGCAGGUCCAGGAACGUGCCGUCCCGCCAGUCACGUCAAAGAAUUUAAACGAAAUAGUGUUUCCGUCGCAAAAUGCGGACAGCACGCUGAAACGCAUAAAAAGAGACUGGGUCAUCCCUCCAAUCAAUGUGCCGGAGAACUCCAGAGGCCCGUUCCCACAGGAGCUUGUCCGGAUUCGCUCGGAUCAUGAUAAAAACCGGUCCCUGAGAUACAGUGUGACGGGUCCGGGCGCCGAUCAGCCCCCCACUGGAAUCUUCACCAUCGAUCCCAUUUCUGGAGAACUGUCUGUCAACAAGCCCCUCGAUCGAGAGCACAUCCCCAACUUUCAUUUGAGAGCUCAUGCGGUAGACCUGAAUGGCAACCAGGUGGAAAACCCCAUAGAUAUUGUGAUCAACGUGAUUGACAUGAAUGACAACCGGCCUGAGUUCAGCCACCAGAUCUGGAAUGGGACUGUCCCAGAGGGCUCCAAACCUGGAACCUAUGUUAUGACUGUAACGUCUGUUGACAAGGAUGACCCCAAAACGGCGAAUGGCAUGCUCCGAUACAAGAUCUUGUCCCAGACUCCAGACAGUCCAUCCUCCAAUAUGUUCACGAUCAACAACAAAACUGGAGGCAUCAUUACAGUGGCUGCAGGCCUGGACAGAGAGAAAGUGCCUCGGUACACUUUGAUCAUCCAGGCGACUGACAUGGAGGGUAAUCCCAUGUACGGCCUGUCCAACACAGCCACCGCCGUCAUCAGAGUCACCGACAUCAAUGACAAUCCGCCGGAGUUUACUGCUGAGAUGUUUUUUGGGGAGGUGCCGGAGAAUGCCGUGAAUAUUAUAGUGGCCAACCUGACGGUGACUGACAAGGACCAGCCCAACACACCCGCCUGGAACGCAGUGUACAAAAUCACCGGGGGCGACCCCACCGGCAGGUUCUCGGUUCCCACCGAUCCAACAACUAACGAGGGUCUGGUAACAGUUGUCAAGCCCAUUGACUUUGAAAUGGACAGAAAGUAUGUGCUGAUAGUGGAAGCGAGAAACGAGGUUCCCCUGACCAUCCAGUCUCCAAGACAGUCCACCGCCACCGUCUCCAUCAGAGUAUUGGACGUCAAUGAGAGUCCUUACUUUGAUCCCAACCCCAAACUUAUCAAGCUGGAAGAGGGGAUGCUGCCCGAGUCGACGCUGACGACGUUCACCGCGCAGGAUCCAGAUCGAUACCAGACGCAAAUGAUCAGAUAUUCCAAGCUCUCAGAUCCGGCCAACUGGCUGAGGAUUGACCCAAGCACUGGCCGGAUUACAACAAUUGCCAUUUUGGACCGGGAGUCGCCCUAUGUGAAGAACAGCUUAUACAAUGCAACAUUCCUGGCCACUGACAACGGCAAGCGACCGGCAAGCGGCACGGGCACUCUUCAGAUUUUCCUGCUAGAUAUCAACGACAACGCGCCGAAGGUGUUCCCCCAGGAGGCCGAGAUAUGCGAGAAACCCGAGCCGAACGCCAUCAACAUCACCGCGCUCGACGGGGACCUGAACCCCAACGCAGGCCCGUUCGCGUUCGAGCUAGCCCACAGGCCCUCGGACAUCAAGAAGAACUGGACCAUAACGAGAAUAAGCGGCGAAUACGCCCAGAUGAGCCUCAAGAUUGGUUUCCUCGAAAGUGGGAUCUAUGAGGUCCCCAUCAUAAUCACAGACUCUGGCAACCUGCCCAUGUCCAAUACCUCCUACCUGCGGAUUAAAGUGUGCCAGUGCGACAUGAACGGAGACUGCACCGACCAGCAGCACAUCAUGGCCGCUGGUCUGGGCACAGGAGCCAUUAUAUCCAUCCUCCUCUGCAUCAUCAUCCUUCUCAUUCUAGUGCUGAUGUUUGUGGUGUGGAUGAAGCGGCGCGACAAAGAGCGUCAGGCCAAGCAGCUCCUUAUCGAUCCUGAAGAUGAUGUGAGGGACAAUAUUCUCAAGUACGAUGAAGAAGGUGGCGGAGAGGAGGAUCAGGAUUAUGACCUGAGUCAGCUCCAGCAGCCAGACACGUUAGAGCCCGAUGCCAUCAAGCCAGUGGGAAUCCGCCGUCUAGACGAGAGACCCCUCCACCCCGAGCCGCAGUAUCCAAUGAGGUCAGCGGCACCCCAUCCCGGAGACAUCGGAGACUUCAUCAAUGAGGGACUGAAGGCAGCCGACAACGACCCCACCGCGCCUCCCUACGACUCCCUGCUAGUGUUCGACUACGAGGGCAGCGGCUCCACGGCCGGCUCCCUAAGCUCGCUCAACUCGUCCAGCAGCGGGGGCGACCAGGACUACGACUAUCUCAACGACUGGGGCCCUCGCUUCAGGAAACUGGCGGACAUGUACGGCGGGAGCGACGACUAGGACGCGCCCCGGCACGCCACGACGGACGAAGAGUUACGAUUUUUAAAACCCGAAGUGAAGGAAAAAUUUCCCAUCGAAGGACACAUACAGCUUCUGAUAUUCCCUGAGAGUGAUAGAACUGUGACUGCAAAGGUACAAAUAAUAAACAUUGAUUCUGAAUUUUUUUCUAAAAACUAAACACACACACACACAAAAAAAAAAAAAAACCCAACCAACCAACCUAGGCUUAUUGUUGUAGUCUACGCAUACAUAUGCUUGUUGAAAGCUUAGGCAUAGCCUGUGCUCCAAGUGUGAAGGAUGUGGGGAGAUAACGCUCGGUGGACUGUCGCCACUCAGAUUGUCGGUAUUGAAUGCGCUCAGUUAAACUUGAAUUUCACAGUACAGAAGCACUGGGAUAUAAUGUGCCUUUUUGUACAUUUUUCUUUUUUUUUUCUCUUUUCUUUUUUUUUUUUGGAUCUAAAUGAUUAGUUUUAUGUUCAAGGCUUUAAUGGUACUGACUUUUGGAGUGAUUUCAAACAAAGUAUGUUACACUCUGGUAUGCUUCUACGUGCUUUUUUUUUCUUCUUUUUUUUUGGUCACACGAUGCUCCUGUUUUGAAGAAUAUUUAAAUAAAUCUCGGAUGGAAGAAAAAGCGAUUAAGAGCAGCACUGUACAGUAUGCUAGACCUUCAGUUUCUCACAAAAAAUAAAAAAAUUAUGCAGCUGGUUGCAAAUAAAGGGAGUUAUAAAUCACACUUUUUGUAGCAGAUUUGGUUUUUCUUUACAUUUUCUUUUUUUUUUUUUUUUGAGGUGAUGUAGUAUUUUACAAAAACGAUUAAAAAAAACAGUUUUGGUCUAAUCUAUGUACACUUAAUUUGCCUUAGUCAUGAUCAGAUACUUUUCAACUUUUUCUUCACUGUAAAAAGACGUGUGUACAUACUGUUUUCUUUUACUUUAUCUCUUUUUUUUUUGAUGUAGUAUUAUGAAGCAGUGCAAAAGUUACAAACUUGUAAAUGUAUAAUUUGGACAACAAAUUCCAAGUUUUUUGCAUGUUUUUAUCUUUUCAUGAUGACAAAAAAUUUGAGAGGAAAAAAAAGAAAUUGUUUCCCAAAUUUAUUUAAAAGUGAAACAAUACAGUUCUGGUUGACAUUACAUGUGUAGGAAUAAAGUUUUUUUUGUAUAAAAAAAGAAAUAAAAAAAAAAUAAAACGACAAAAAAAAAUGGAAGUAGUGAUCUUGUCCGCACAUUAUUUGACUUUGUACCAAAAAAAUAAAUACAAGGGAGUGUGGGCUGAGUAACAUGCUGAUGGGCACUGACUAUUGAUUCAGCUUUAAGACUGGAAAAAAGGGUUCGGACUUGAGCCUUGUGGAUAACGGUGUGUACUGGAACACAAAUUAUACAUCUCUGACCCCCAAUCAUCCAAAUAAAAUGCUGAUUUUGGA